AUGAAGGUUUUACUUUUCAUUGUUCUGAUGGGUGUAACAACCGCUGACAAACGUCCACCCACAAGUUACGGAGCACCAAAUGGAGGUUUCGGUAAUGGGUUUGGUGCCUCAAAUGGAGGCCCAAGCAAUGGUUACACAGCUCCAGGAAGCAAUGGUUUUGGAGGAUCUCCUAGUAAUGGAAAUGGAGCCCCUACAAGCAAUGGGUAUGGUCCCCCAACAGGUUCUUAUGGACUAGAUCCGGAGCUGGUUGCUCUGCAGGAGAACAUCCCAGGAGGCGGCGUCCCCGGUGAAGACUACCCAGUCCUGUCUUCUCCACCAGACACUGGCUUCUCUUGUGAUGACCAGGCAGUGGCUGGUUAUUACGCUGACACUGCCCCUGAUGCUAGCUGCCAGGUGUUCCACAUUUGCCAGGACCGUGUUAGACGCCAGAAGGACUCAUUCCUGUGCCCCAACGGUACCAUUUUCAACCAGCAGUACCUUGUGUGUGACUGGUGGUUCAACGUGGACUGUUCUCAGGCUGAAAACUUCUACUCUGUCAACGAACAGAUUGGUGUCGUCCCCAGUGCUGGCUAUGGUUAUGGUCCCAGUGCUAACGGUAUUGCCAGUGGAAUUGCUAACGGGAAUGGUAUUGGCUACAAUAAUGGCAAUGGAUUAAACGGAAAUGGAAAUGGCAGGAACGGUAAUGGUAGGAAUGGAAAUGGUUAUGGAUCCAAUGUAAAUGGACAGAAUGGAAACGGAGGUGGUAAUGGUGCCAAUGGUAAUGGAAGAAAUGGAAACAAUGGGUAUGGAUCCAAUGGAAAUGGAAGGAAUGGAAAUGGUGCUGGUAUCUAUGCCAAUGGUAAUGGUGGUAAUGGGAAUGGUGCCAGCAAUGGAUAUACCGCACCAGCUUCUCCCUCCGAUUCCUAUGGCACUCCAUUUUAA